GGUGCAUUUGCGCUCUGUUGCCUAGGAUCGGAUCAACCACUCUUAAACUCUCGCCCGAGGCUUGGUGUAAAGUCUCCGGUCUCUUGAGACCCGAAACAUCCUCUCAUUCUCAGCUCUCGACCGAGCGCGCUGCUUGCUUGCUUGCCCGUUAACAAUUGCGGCCCAAACCCCACAAGGCCAGAUUUCUCAUGCAAUUCUGCUGCGCUUCCUUUCGUUGCUCCCUUUUACAACUCUGAAGCCCUUCAAAUCUUAAGAGAGCAAAAAGCAACUGCACCACCGCAAUGCCAGCCGUCACCGAGCUCGCGCUCCUGACCCAGACCCCAAAAGCCACCCCGGCCACCACCGCCGACUUCCUCCAACGCGUCCGCACCGAGACCGAAACGUGGACCCGCCGCCCCGGCACAGUGCGCUACCUCCGGGCCGUCGACGACCCAAACGCCAUCUACAUCGUCGGCCAGUGGGCCACCGUCGCCGAGCACAUGGAAGGCUUCAUCCCGUCGCCCGGCAACCAGGAGCUGCUGCGUGAGGGCGCGGAGCUGUUUGAGCUGGGCGGUUUGUUUCUGCAUUUCGAUGCUGACGUCUCGUCUACGCUGCGGGGCGAGGGCGAGGAGGUCGAGAUUACGAGGUAUGUCCUGCGCGAGGGGCCGGGGCGGAGGGAGGUGGUGGAUGAGGCGUGGGGGCGGGUGCUGGCGGUUUGUGGUGCGGAGGGGGCUGGGAGGGUUGGAGGCGGUUGGAGGUUGGAUGGGCUGGACGAAGGUGGGGGUUCGGCGGGCGAAUUUGUGGUUUUCCGGGCGAGUGGUGUAGAUGGCGACGUCGGAGAUCGGAUAGGCUCGGCUGCGCAAGGGUUUGAUGUCGACCUCCGCGAUUGUGUCCUUCGCAAGCAGGUAAUACGGGCGGUUGAGGUUUACCCUGCUAAAAGCGAAUAAGAGGAAAGGUUUCUAUCGGAUUCGCGCUCGAGGUGCUGAGAAAUCAUGUAUUGUCGACAGUGUCCAGGCUCAACAGGACACCAACACGGCAUCUGGCCAUAGAGCAGACUCGUCUGAAAUACCCCUGGAGCACUGUCACUUUGGAAGAGCAGUGGGGUGUUUGCAACAGGGUAAUCAUUCAUUAAAUGGAUAUCUACAAAGGAUGUUACCCAAAAAAAGCCUCCCACCAAAUCCAGUCUACAAAAUGCAGCAACUAGGGUUUACCCCUUUAUUCUAUAA